AUGGCAGCAAGCAAAUCUCCCAAUGUACUGUCACAAAAGAAUUAUAGAAAUCUGUUUCUCAAAAUACUGAACAACACGUCCCCAAAGUGGAGCGACAACAAGUCUGAAAGCGAGGCCUUCGCGGCUGAGCUCUGUGAGAUUGAAUCAUGGCCGUAUACAACGAAGUCAAUAGCCGUCCUCGUUCAGGGUAGGAAGCUUUGGCGCAUCCUCAACGAGCACAAUGAGAACGGCACCCACGAACUGACAUUCGGCACUGCCAAGACCAUAACUGCGAAGGAGAUGGAAAGCUCAACGCAGGCAACAUGGCCAGGCGAAGACCAUGUAGACUAUCCCGAAGACUUGGUUCUAUCCCGACAAACUCAGCUGCGGAUGAGAUACUCCGAAACCGACCGUGAGUCGUUAGAAUGCAUCGACUACAUGCGAAGUAUCGUCGCCGACGCUGAUAUGGUAUUCGGGACACUGCCUGGCUGCAUGAGGUUGACUCGCAGCUUUGUUGAAGCUGGGGUUGCCAUAAUGCACAUCCAUGAUCUUGCAAGGGGUCUGAAGAAGGCGGAUACGAUGCUCCUAUGCCGAUGUGAUAGCGACCAUGCUGAGUUCACCACGAGAGCGACCGACGUAGUCUCUUCCUUCAUCCAAGCCCUGGAAGUUGAGUGGAAAGCCUCGGCUGAAUUGAUGACUUCUGACGAGGCCAUCAAGUCCAUAGUGACCGAGGAAGACACGGCCAUAGCGUUGCAAGACUGGCGAGCAACCGCCAAGCGCAUUCUCGGGAAGGACAUCACGUUCGACUGGGAACUUCAAAGGACACCUCUUGGCCAGUACAUGUGGCAGUGGAGUAAGAAGGCUGUCAUUGACCGAUGUUUUCUCGCAGCUCCCUUGGGAGACGUUACAUGGAACCGUCAAGACAAGGAAGACAUGCACGGAUUCUAUACCGCCUUGAGAGAGGCCUACCUAAACCGCCUCCCUGCCUUUGCAUACACUGGCACAUACGACUUUAGCAAAGGCGUGUCCUCUCCGGAAGAAGUCGAGACCCUCCCCGCGGACAUUGCAAAAUGGGGCAUCGGCUUGAGCCUGCAUGCCAAGCAGUUUGCGGAGAGGUUCAAACAGGAAGGGAUUGCCGGUUACAUGCGGAACGUGGCUGCUCCCGCGAUCGAGGCAUGGCUACCGAUAAGUUUGGGAGGCCAAAGCCACCUGGCGGAUACCUCGCCUAUGCGUUCUCUGAUGUUGUUGGAUCAAGGGAGAUCACGGAACGCGUCUGAGAGGGGAAGUUGA